AUGAGCUUGGGAGCCGCCGCCGCCGUCACUGGUGCAGCAACGCUGGCCGCGUAUCUCAACGCCAAAUGGCACAUCGCCAAGGAUAUUCAAAGUCUGCGCAAUAAUCGAUAUGUAGAGAGACAGCUGGCUCGCGCGGCGGCCCAGGGUCGGGCCAAUAUUUGGUUCAUCUUCCAGGAAACCGUGCAGCAGUACCCUGACAUGAUCGCCAUCUGGUCCCGCGAGGGCUCUUAUACCUACCGGCAGGCCUAUGACCUGGCUUGCCAGUACGCGCAAUUUUUCUUGUCCCGCGGGAUGAAACCCGGCGAGAUCGCUGCGCUAUUUCUGCAUAACCGGGCCGAGUUUCUCAUUGCCUGGCUUGCGCUGGUCGGGAUCGGCUGCGCACCCGCGGCCAUCAAUUACAACCUCAGCGGCGAUGCGCUGGUGCACUGUCUCACGGUCAGCGGGGCGAAGCUCGUGCUCGUGGAUGGGGACGCAGAGUGCAGUGCACGGAUUGAGGAGAGCCGCGCCGUGCUCGAGGAUGCUCAGGGUCUGGGGAUGCAACUUGUCAUUCUGGACACUGAAUUCCACGACCGGCUCGCCGCAUUUCCGACCUCGGACCUGCCGGAGAGACUGGCUCUCAACAUGCACGGUGACUUCCCGGCGAUAUUGCUGUAUACGUCCGGGACGACGGGCCUGCCCAAGGCAAGCGCUUUCACCAUGGGACGGUUCUAUAGGGUCGUCUACAGCCGCCAGGGCGUGAUAGGUGACGUGGCCGGCCCCAACGGCGACCGCUGGUACAGCUGCAUGCCGCUAUACCACGGCACGGGGGCUGUGGCCAUCAUGGGGGCGUUUGUGGGGGGCGUGGGUGUUGCGCUGGGCCGCCGGUUCAGCGUGCGGACCUUCUGGGCCGACGUGCGCGACUCCCAGGCGACAAUAAUCAUCUACGUCGGCGAGGCUGCGCGGUAUCUCCUUGCGGCACCGCCGUCCCCGGACGACCGCAACCAUCGCGUCCGCUGCAUGUACGGCAACGGCCUGCGCCCAGAGGUAUGGGAGCAGUGCCGCGAGCGGUUCGGCAUUGCGGCCGUGGCCGAGUUCUUCAACAGCACGGAGGGGAUGUUUGGUCUGUUCAACUUCAAUCAGGGCCCGUACCUGGCCGGCUGCGUCGGUCAUCACGGCUUGCUUCUGCGCACCCUACUGCACAAGACCUACGUGCCUGUCGCCAUCGACCCGGCCACAGGGGACGUCCAGCGCGACGCGGUGACGGGCUUCGCCACCCGCGUCCCUUAUGCGACCGGCGGCGAGAUCCUCGUUGCCCUCCCGCACGAAACAGCCUUCCAAGGCUACUGGGGCAACGCCGUCGCCACGGAGCGCAAACUCCUGCGCGACGUCUUCCGCCAUGGCGACGUCUACUAUCGCACGGGCGACGCCCUGCGCCGCGCUCCAGACGGCCGCUGGUUUUUUCUCGACCGGCUCGGCGACACCUUUCGCUGGAAGAGCGAAAACGUCUCCACUGCUGAAGUGUCAGCAGUGCUCGGCCACUAUCCAGGCGUGAUCGAGGCGAACGUAUAUGGUGUCCGGCUACCGCACUACGAAGGGCGUGCGGGCUGCGCGGCGCUCCACAUCCGUCCAGAACUACUGCUAAGCAAAACCUUUGAUUUCGCCGCGCUGGCCCGGCAUGCCCGCUCCAAGCUGCCGAAUUACGCUGUCCCCGUGUUCCUACGGCUGACGGAGACGCCCGCGCACAGUCAUAACCACAAGCAGAACAAGACGGCCCUCCGCGACGAAGGGGUCGACCCGGCCCUGCUAGGCUCGAAAGUGACGAGCGGACAGAAAGACCGGAUUCUCUGGCUCAAGCCCGCAGAAGAGGGAUACGUCGAUUUUUCGCAAGAGGAUUGGGAGAGCAUCCAACGGGGAGAAACUAGACUGUGA